AUGGUGGUAAAUUGGCUCCCCCGCAUUGUUCGGUUGCAGAACCCUGUCCGGAUCCGGGCUGACGGCGCUACCUCUGGGAACGUUCGAUGGCUUAGUCGACCUUUGAGGCCUGGAUCUGAGCCACAACUCGCUGACGACCCUUCCUGCGGAGAUCUUCGCACCGCUAGUGUCUCUCAAAACCCUGAGGCUCGCAGGCGACGGGAUGGAGGGCUAGCAGUGCAUCCCCGAGAGGUGGAACCUGUGCGUCGACUGGCGCUGGAAAGCGAGAUUUUCGCCGCGGGAAGCAUCGUGGGUAUUGAUGCAGACAUCGGCCACCUCCGCCUCUUUUUGAGGCUUCUGGAUAUUCUGUGGCGAAGAACCUUUACUCUAUCUUCACUGGCGUCUCUCCCUUCCUUUCCCAUGUAA